CCCUGGGAGUCGGCACCUGCCACAGAGGGGUCAUUAAGUCUGGGCCUGGGUGGGGACAUCUGGCCCAGGCCGUUUGGGGGCGGGAGGGCUCAGGCCGGUGGCAGGGCUGGGACCCAGGAGUCCGGGACCACAGUGUUGGGGGCCCCGCAUCUCCCAGGGAGCGAGGGGGACGGGAAGCAGGCGUCCAGGGCAGAGAGGAAGGAUUGGGCCUGAUGGAGUGGGGCCGGGCCCGCCAGGUCUAUCUGGUGACGGGCGGCUGCGGGUUCCUGGGCUCCCACCUGGUGCGGAUGCUGGUGGAGCGGUCGCCCAACGUGGCCGAGGUCCGCGUCUUCGAUCUGCAGCUGGAUCCGGCCCUGGGGCAGCUGGGGACAGACAAGGUGAAGGUGACCCUGAUCUUGGGGGACAUCAGUAGCCCCACGGACGUUGGGGCUGCCGUGAAGGGGGCGGACGUGGUGAUCCACGCAGCCAGCUUGGUGGACGUGUGGGGCAGGGUCCCGCCAGAGAAGAUCACGGAGGUGAACGUUCACGGGACCAAGAACGUGAUUGACGCCUGUGUCGAGCAUGGGACCCAGUAUCUGAUCUACACCAGCAGCAUGGAGGUUGUAGGCCCCAACACCAAGGGGGAUCCCUUCUACAGGGGGAACGAGGACUCGGCCUACGAUGCCCAGCACGAGCAGCCGUACCCCCUGAGCAAGGCGCAGGCCGAGCGCAUGGUCAUCGAGGCCAAUGGGACGCCGCUGGGGGGCGGUCGGUGGCUGGUGACCUGCGCCCUGCGCCCCACGGGGAUCUAUGGGGAGAAACACCCGCUAAUGAAGGAAUUCUACGAGAAGGGGCUGCAGACGGGACGCAGGCUCCUCCGGGCCAUUCCCGUCAGCACCGAGCACGGCCGGGUCUACGUGGGCAACGUGGCCUGGAUGCACGUGCUGGUGGCGCGGCAGAUGCAGGAGGCCCCGGCGGCCAUCGGGGGCCAGGUCUACUUCUGCUACGACGCCUCCCCCUACAAGAGCUACGAGGACUUUAACAUGGAGAUCCUGGCCUCCUGCGGCUUCCGCCUCCUGGGCUCCCAGCCCGUCGUGCCCCACUGGCUCCUGCGCGGCCUGGCCCUGGCCAACGACCUGCUCCGGCGGCUGCUCCGGCCCUUCUUUUCCUACGCCCCCCUGCUCAACCCGUACACCCUGGCCGUGGCCAGCACCACCUUCACGGUGCAGACGGACAAGGCCCAGCGCCACUUCGGCUACCAGCCCCUCUACAGCUGGGAGGAGAGCCGAGCCCGCACGGUGGCCUGGCUCCAGGAGGUCGACGCCCAGAGAGAGGCGGGGAAGUAGGGCAGGUGGGGGACGGAGCAGCUGGGCCUUGGUUCCAGCCGGCGUCUUGCUUUGCCAUGAAUCCGGCUCCGGAGAGAGGGAUCCAGAUCCAGGUGCUGUUCCAACCCGCCAGUGCCGGGGGAUGUGGGAAUCCGGAUCCGGGUUUUACUUCCAUGGGUGUCAGGGCAGGCGAGGAGGGAAUCUGGAUUCAGGUUUUGCUUCCAUCCCGUGUGUGGCAGAGCGGGGGAUGUGGGAAUCCAGAUCCGGGUUUUGCUCUGAUCCUACCUCCAGCCUUCCAGUGAAUCUGGCUCCAUGGAGAUGGAUUCCAGAUCCGGGUUUUGCUUCCAGCCCAUGCCCCUCAGCGCAGAGGAAUUUGCCAGUCCAGGUCUUGUCUCAUCCCAGCACACAGUGGCCUCCGUUACCUUGGGAUCCAGAUCCGUGUUCCCCCCCCCCGCCCCCGUGCAUUCCUGCAGACCAGCCCGCGCUGAUCGCAAAUGGAUCCGGAUCCGGGUUUUGUUACCAUCCUGGUGCUGUGGUCCAGAUCCCCAGCGCACUUCUGGGGCGGAACCAACUCUCCUGUCACGGGAUCUGGACCUGCAGCCCCCCCAGCCCCAUGUCAUCGCAGAGGCGGGUCAGACAGCUGGACCCGGAUCCUACUCAGACGGCUCCUGGACUCCAGCUCCAUGGAGAUCCCGCUCCGGGAUUUCUUUCCAGCCUAUGUAUUAUCCCCCAGCCUGGACUCCAUGCUCCAUGGAGAUACCGCUCCGGGAUUUCUUUCCAGCCUAUGUAUUAUCCCCCAGCCUGGACUCCAGCUCCAUGGAGAUCCCGCUCCGGGAUUUCUUUCCAGCCUAUGUAUUAUCCCCCAGCCUGGACUCCAGCUCCAUGGAGGCCAACCCGCCUAUUAGACCUGUUGGGUUGGAGUCCGUUCCCCAUCGGACUCCAGCUCCAGGCUUUCCUUCAGCGCACCAAUACCUCUGGUCUAAGCAUUAAUGUCCUCAAUAGUUAUGAUUAAUUAUUAUUAUUAUUUUAUUAUGACUAAUUAUAAGAAGAGGCCGAACGUCCACAGCACGUUCCACACAGACGCACCAAGCAAAGUCUGGUAACUUAUGUAUUAAUUAAACUCUUAAAGGAUC